AUGGAGCGCCGAUCUUCUCAAGAUUCCAGGCUUGUCAGAUCUGCUAGCGUUAUUGAGAGCGCAAGCGUUAGGAGCGUUUGCAGUAAAUGGAAGGCAACCGAAAAACAACAGAGAAUAUUGGACUCGCUGUUCAUGAAUGGAAUGAGAAACCCAUCUGUGGACCAAAUAAACCGCAUAACUGCAGAACUGCAGCGCCAUGGCCCUGUGGAAGGCAAUAACAUCUACUACUGGUUUCAGAAUAACUCUAGGAGAGAGAGACGGAAGAAAGAACAACCAGCUGAGUCGUCCUCGAAAUGGACUUCAGUAUUGAAGGCGCGAAACUGGACUUCUCUUUUCCGUUCCAAGAAGUCUUCUGAUAUGAUCUCUGUACGAGAAGAAGAAUAUAAUAAUAUGCAGGAUGAAGAGGAAGUGGAUAGCGUAGGUCGUAGAAAUUCAUCGGUAGAUCCGUCUGACAUCCGAACAUUGGAGUUAUUUCCUUUGCAACCCGAUAAAUGA